GAGGACCCCAUCUGCUGCUCUAGCCUUCAUCAUCAUCCACUCACUGGCCCAUUUGUUCUUUGCUUGUCCACCUCGCUCACUUCCAAAUCAACCAUGGCCUCUACUGCCCUCAACGUCUUGGGGGAGCUUGUCAAGAGGGCCGACGCUGCUGCCCAAGGUGGCAACAGCACAGCAGGCGGUGCUCAUGGUGGAUCUUCUGGAGGCAAGGCAGCUUACGACCCUGUCGCCGCCCAAAACAACGUUGACGUCCAGCACUAUCUCGGUCGCAUCUGGUAUGCCUUUGUGGCUGUCUUCGCCCUCUACCAGCUCAUCUAUCACUUCGUUCGUUACAUCCGCACUGUGGCAUGCUUGAACAACGACAAACAAAGAUAUUUCGCUGUCCCAACUACCAUCUUCGCCAACUUCAGGAGACAUUUCCUCAAUGCCCCUCUUUUCCGCCAGAGGCACCACCGCGAGUUCAAGAUCUCGUCGGCCAUCAAUGUCGGCACCCUUCCCAGCCGCCUCCAGACCCUCAUGUUGCUAGGGUACUUUGCAACCAACGUUGGCUUCUGCUUCUGGAGGAUUGACUACAGCAACUCCAACUACGAGGCCAUUGCCUCCAUCCUGCGCAACCGAUCGGGUGUCAUGUCCGUCAUGAACUGCAUCCCGCUCUUUUUGCUCGCAGGACGCAACAACCCCAUCAUCAUGCUCACAAACCUGCCUUUUGACACAAUGAAUUUGAUUCACCGUUGGAUUGGACGCAUUGUCAUUCUCGAAGCCCUCUGCCACACCCUUGCUCACAUGGCCAAAGGCGCCCACACCAAGGGCUGGGGGUACGCUGUCAAAGGUCUAGUUGGUUCCGAGAUGAUGUGGACUGGACUCAUCGGUACCGCCGCCUUUACGGUGCUCUUGCUCCAGUCCCCUAGCGCUAUUCGACAUGCCUUCUACGAGACCUUCCUCACUGUUCACAUCAUCCUAGCAGGGACAGCCAUCGGUGGCGUAUGGGUCCACCUCAAGGCACCCAAGCGCAGAUCCCAGCAAAAGAUGCUAUGGGUGGUUGUCGCCCUAUGGUCCAUUGAGCGCUUCUUCCGUCUCGUUCGCCUCGCCUACCGUAACAUGGGCAAGGGCGGCACAAAGGCCGAGGUAGAGGUUCUGCCCGGUGAUGCCCUCCGCGUCACUGUUCGCAUGGCCCGCCCCUGGACUUUCCGCCCUGGACAGCAUGCAUACCUGUACAUGCCUUCUAUGGGACUUUGGACCAACCACCCUUUCUCGCUUGCCUGGAGCGACGAUGAGGAAAACCUCGAUAUCUCCACCAUGGUUGCUGACGAGAAGGGUCUCCCCAUGAGCCGUCAAGAUAUUCUCCAGCACAGCAAGACCAGCAUGUCCUUCAUCAUUCGCCGACGAACAGGCUUCACCGACACUCUCUACAAAAAGGCAGAUCUUUCUGCUGCCGGUAGAUUUACGACGUCGGCACUAAUUGAGGGACCCUAUGGCGGAGAAAACCUCAACUCGUAUGGUACUGUCAUGCUUUGGGCAGCAGGUAUUGGCAUCACGCACCAAGUACCCCAGGUGCGCGAAAUUGUAGCCGCUUACGCCAACGGUACCACGGCUACACGCCGCCUUACUCUGGUCUGGAUCAUCCAGUCACCUGAGCAUCUUGAAUGGAUUCGAACCUGGAUGACCCACAUCUUGGCCAUGCCUCGCCGUCGCGAGAUUCUCAAGAUCCUGCUGUUCGUCACCAGACCUCGCAGCACCAAGGAGAUUCACUCCCCAUCCUCGAGCGUGCAGAUGUUCCCCGGUCGACCCAACGUCGAUUCACUCAUCGACCAAGAGAUGCAAGAGGGUAUCGGUGCUGCCGCCGUAACCACUUGCGGAACGGGUGGUCUGGCCGACGAGCUCCGUUGUGCAGUGCGCAAGCGCCAGGCGCAAUGGAAUGUUGACUUCCGCGAGGAAUCCUUCUCGUGGUAA